AUUACACUGUACAAUUAUUGAAUCAAUUAUCAGAUUUUUCUUUAUUUUAACUCUCCACAACUAACAACAAUGGAUCAACAAGAAAAAUUUGAUAUAGUUCAUGUUAAAAAAAUGGAACGUAUUGAUUCACGUUCAUUUUUUAUUGAUAAUGGAUCAUGGGAAAAUUGUGAUUUUUAUUUUCUUCAUAUAUCAAAUUUUUGGCCAAAAAAUCAACAACAAUAUAUACCGUAUCAAAAAUGGCCAGAAAAUGGAUCGGAUUAUGCAUUGGCUAUUCGUUUACCGAUAAUAUGUGCAAGUUGUCGUCGUCGUCGUCGUAGUCGUCGUAUUGUUCAACAAAAUGAAACAGAUCAUUUUACUAAUCAAUUACAAAAUGAUUUUAUAACAAUUCCAUUCAAUCAUAUUAGUGAUAUUACAUCACAGGAUGAAUGUAAAAUUGUUUUUACUCUUCACGCAAAAAAUUUAUCAUAUACAAUUGAAUUUUCUAAUGAUAACAAAGUUAAUUUUUUAUUACAAACAAUUGUUGAAAAUAUUCAUUGUUUUGUAUGGGAUCCAUUAACCAAUCAUGUUAAACGUAAUUAUUUUGUAGUUAAUCAAAAUUCAUGGAUAGUAUAUGAUCAUCGAAGUAAAAUUGAAAAAGAUGAAUAUGAUUAUAAUUCUAGUGCAAAUUAUUGUCGUCAAUCUAAAAUUGGUCAAUCGAAAAGUCAACCACCACGACCACCUACACCAUUUCAACGACAAUUGAAUAUGGAUCCGGAAAUAUCAAGAGCAGCAACAACACCAAUACCGUCAUGUUCUACGGCUAAUCUAAUGCCGCAAACAAAUGCGAUCAAUAAUGAUGAUGAUGAGGAUAAAAACACUGAAACAAACGAUGAAGUUCCCUUUUGGGAUGGUGAUGAAUUUGAUGAUUUUGAUGAUAUUGAAUACAAUUAUGAGGAUUUGGAUCUAUCUGAUGAAGAUGUCGAUCCGCCAGAACCAUUUCAUUAUGAAUCUGGCGAUGAUUCUGACAUCUGGAAUUGAUGAUGCCUUUUAAGUGAUUUUUUUUUCUUAUAUUCUUAUAUUUUAAUAUCAAUAAAUAAUUUUUUUCAAUUACAAA